UUGAGUCUUGUUUGGACUAGGAGCGGCCUCAGCAGCUGUCAAAAUUUGCUGCUGAUAUCAGACACACCUGAUAAGAACCAACUUGGUCACAGCAAAAACAAACAUCAGGACAGAAUUUUACUUCCCUCAUAUGAUCCUUCCAUUCUUUUUCAUUGCCAUAUGAAAAUGUUGGCAACAAGUUUAUGCCAGAAUUAGAGCCAAGCCAACAAUGGAACCACGAAGGCCCAACUGGCAUGGGCCCAGCAACCAGUACCACUCAGGACCAUAUCUCAACCACCCAAGGGACAUGGAUAAUUACCACAGACCCCCUCACCAUGGAGGAGGACCCUACCAACCACCGGACCCAAGGGAGAAACCCUGGCCUGCUGUGGAUCCCCGGUAUGGACGCUACCUCGCCAGUCCUCCACCUGGGCCUGAGUUUAUCCCGGGUUACAGUAGCACACCUCACCAUGGAGGCAGCUAUGGGCCGGAUGGACCAUGGCCUCAACACCCAAGGCCUCACUCAAGGCAUGGAUAUGACUACCCUUAUCACAGCUAUUGGGGUUACAGAGAGGAUUAUGGUUACUAUGACCACAGUCAUCAGAGAGGCCAUUACAAUCACCCAGAAGCUGGACAGUGGACUCCACAGAGUGUGUGGAGGCCAGACGUGUCUGAGGGGAGGGGUCAGGAGCGGCAGUGGUCCUCAGACACAUACACAGACCAGUACACAUAUGACCAGAGCCGAGAAAGAGACCAGCAUGACUAUGGUUUUUCAGAGAGAAGACAUAGAGAGGAAAAGGGAGAAAAUGGAGAGGUUUCUCAGUAUGCUCCUGGGAACUUGGAAAGCUCUAAAACAUCUGGUUUAUCUUCUAGUAGCUAUGAGCUCAGUCAAUACAUCAAUGGUGCAGACCAGUAUGAUCCACUCAUACCCCCCCACACAGAGCAAGAGAGCAAAUCUGAAGUGGCAGCUCCUAUGAAGUUCUGCAUCCCUCAUGUGGCUAUCAGCUUUGGUCCAGCAGGUCAGCUGGUCAGGGUUUGUCCAGCGCUGCCUUCAGAUGGGGAACCAGGUCUGGUGGAACUUCACAGCUUAGAGGUUAUUCUGAGCGACACGUGUGAACAGCAGGAGAUGAGAGACUUCCCAGGGCCUCUUGCAAGAGAGGAUCUUCAUAAGGUGGAUGCCAUCUCUUUUGCCAUGCAGCGGGCUGAACUGUGUUUAAAGGAUGAGAAGCUUACAGAUGCUGCCUCUGCUGCCCUCCUGUGGCAGCUUCUAGUACUACUAUGCAGACAGAAUGGGAGGAUUGUGGGUUCGGACAUUGCUGAGCUCUUGACGCGGGACUCAAAGUCAUGUGAUGGGUCUGGUGAACAGUUAGAUGGACACAGUCUCAUAGACCUGAAUGAGACGCCCUCUCUGGAGACAGAGACACUGGACACGACUGACCUCCUCACAGGAACUGGCCAAUCAAACGUAGAGUCCGCUGAGGAAGCCCUGCAGAAGUACACUAAACUCCUGUUGGCUGGGAGGAAGAAGGAUGCACUGGAGUCAGCCAUGAAGAGCGGCCUGUGGGGCCACGCCCUUUUCCUGGCCAGCAAGAUGGGCAGCCGCCCCUAUACCACUGUCCUGGGCAGGUUCACAGGAAAUCUUGCUCCUGGUGAUCCCCUCCAAACGCUCUUCCAGCUGCUUUCUGGAAGAAUUCCAGCUGUUGCUACGUGUUACAGUCCUGACCGCUGGGGGGACUGGAGACAGCAUCUGGCUGUCAUGCUGUCUAAUGAAACAGGAGACGGCUUUUGUCACCGCAGGUCCAUAAUCACCAUGGGGGACACUCUUGCGUCCAGAGGCCUGCUGCAUGCAGCCCAUAUCUGCUACCUCACUGCCCAUGUUCCAUUUGGUGUGUACACCAACAAGACCGAGCGUCUGGUGCUUCUGGGGAGCAGUAACAGUCUUCCGUUCGGCCGGUUCUGUCAGAGCUCCAUCAUUCGCUGCACAGAGGUGUUUGAAUUCUCUCAGAGACUGGGUGACCCCUCCUUCAUCAUUCCAUCCUUUCAGGUGUAUAAGUUUCUGUAUGCCUGUCGGCUGCUGGACUGCGGCCUGGUCUCUCUGGCCUUCCACUACUGUGAAGUGGUGGGAAAAGCUUUACUUAGAAUGGAAGAGCCUCAUAUGGUGCUGCUGAGAGAGGUUAUCAAGCUGGCUGAAAGGCUAACGCAGUCGGAAUCACAGCUCAGCGAUACAGGCGUGGACAUUCCUGUCACUGACCCAGACUGGCUGCAGUGGCUGCGUCAUAAGCAGCAUGGCACACAGGUGGAGAGCUACGGCUGUAGCGAUAUGUACCAGACACCUUUGGAGCAAGGCUCCUGGACACAUGCCGAGUGCCAAGAAAACUCAGAUCUGAACACAGAAGCUCUCUCCGGUCAUGGAGAGAUGCAUUCUUUUGUCCAGAACUCAAGCUUGAUUGGCAUCCAUCACGAAGGCAACGAAGAAGCCCCUACAUAUCAGUCAUACACCCCGCUGGAUCAGACUUAUCCUCCACAGGAACAGACAUACUCCCCAAUGGAUCCAACACACCAGACUUAUGCCCCAGUAGACCAAGCCCCUCCAGUUUAUGGCUCAGUUCCCACAUAUCCAGCCCAAAUGGCUAUGCCCCCAUUCCACACACAGCCUGAGGUGUCUGAAGGCACCGUGGUCACAUCAGGAGAUCCAUCCUCCCCAAUGCCUCCGAGCCAGGACCCCGGCCCUUACUACAUGAAUGGGCCCUACCAACAGCCUGCAGCCCCCAUGACCGCACAGACCGGGCCCUUCACAUCAGGUCUUGAGUGUUCUGCUGAAAAAGACACGAUGGGUGUCAGUGGUAACGUGAGUGUGCUUGGAGGUGUCAGACAGGGACAGGAGGUGCAGCAUGAGGAGAGGGAGAAGGGGAAAGAGAAAGAGAAGUUUAACGCUCAACCAGAGAAGAAACCCGGAUGGUUCAGUGGCUGGUUCUGGUCCAAAUCGAAAGAACCCCCGAAGGAGGAGAAGAAAGACAUUAAUCCAGCUCCCAGGGAGGUGACACCCAACCCCUCUCUCACUGUCUCUCCCCCACCUGUGCCAAUGGGAUCUCGUGGUACGGGUCUGUCCCACCCUCCGCCUGCCGGUGUCAACCCCUUCUCCAGGAAAGCCGGGCAGCGUUUGGGUGAAACGAUGGGUCAGCACAGAGGCUCCAUCUCCCAGGGGCCUUAGUCCAGGUCAAACUAUGGCAUUAACACAUGAGGGGCUGUUAAACAGGUAGCGUCCCUAACGCAUUCAAACAAACGCCUCCACAACCAACAUCAAGACGGGACAACACCUAAGUCACCUUACGGCAUGCCAAAGCCAGGACACCUCGCACAGUUCUUUUUUUGACUGCCCUUCCAAACCUUCAGCACUGUCAUGACAUGUGAUAGGCUACCAAAAUACUUUUGGGAAAGCAGAGACUUGAGUGAGCUUUUAAUGGCUUGCUUUUCUCCCUUUUUCACUGAGGAAACAGAACAGCUGAAGACUCAUAACCCCCACCCCAAAGCUGACAGUGGGGUAUUACGUUUGAGGUUGACCAAGAGGGUGGGAGUUACGGGGCCUUGGGGGUGGUUUUUAGAUGCAUAGAGGAGGGGCCAAAAAUGAGGGUGGGGCCUGACCAUUUUUGGAAAGCACUUUACUCAUUUAUGCCAAGAGACUAAAAAACUACAAGGGAAUAGAUCACAGAUUUUUUUUUUGUUGUAAUGUAAAUUGAUGAAAUUGGGUUAUUCUGGCUAUUCAGGCUAUUCUGUGACUGUAGCUGUUCCAUUUUAGGAAUAGUUUAGAAGUUCCACUUUAGAAUGAUCUUUUUAUUCCAUUUAUUGUUGUUAUGCUCUUGUUUUAAACAUGGUUUUCCCUUAAGUUGAGCUUUGAGCAAAGACAGGAGAAUGUAUUGUUAUUCUCUGCACACAAAGGACACAAAUGUUCUUUUUUCAAAUUAAAAAAAUGAUGCGAUGGGCGUUACUUUGAUGUUAAUCAUUUUUGGCCAACUGAUCGUAUAGCAGCAUGUCUGAAAGAAUGCAUGCCGUUAUUGUUAAAAACCCUCCCCCAAACUGCAAACAAAACAAGAAGAGUCUGAUAAAGGUAUAUAAACCUUGGUAAAUAAAAUUUAUUUGUAGCUUAGUUGGGCAAUGAAAGUUGCAUAGCAACUAUGUCACAUAGCCAGUGUCAUGAUAGAUCUUGUUGAUUCGAACACCACCCCCCAGUCAGUUGUCAUAACACCUCAUGUCUGAGUUCUCAAUUCCUCCUAUUGAAUUCUCAUAAAAUCCACAAUCUAGCAUCUCAGUCCUCGCCCCGUAGAUUCUUACAACGUUUCAAGUCAAGUCUUAUACCAUGGCAAGUCAGUUGUCACACCACAAUUAGUCACGUGUCAAAUUAGCUGUAGUAAAGUCUCUCGACACCCCUUUUUAAAUCAGUAUUAUCUGGAUGUUGUGGGAGUUUACUUGUGGUAUUGUGACAUUUACCCCGGGAAUGUUUAAGGCCAAUGUACAAGGACUGCUCCACUGUAGAAGUUUAUCACCAUCAAAACAUAUGUUUGGGCUAUGAGUCACAACCUCAGUUUUACUGGGCCAACCACUCUUAAAAGGCAAAAGACGUGACCCUGAAUCAGCAUCAGCCAAUGAUACUACAUUGAUACUAUAUUUUCUCACAUUUCUGCAGUACUUUAUGCCUGAGUUUGACCUGUUUUGCAUAAUGUUUUGAUGAGUGCAGAAAACAGUCAGUGGAAAAAAAAAAGAUGAAAGACAAUGGGCACACAUAGAAGAUGCUCUGUAGUCAUAAGAAGCAGUGUCACGUUUUGUGCUGCUGGAAAGGGUGUAGAGGUUAGUAAGGUCAGGGUAUGCCCUCAUCUUUGACACCAGUCCACUUACAUGGACAGCGUGCCUGCAGUAUGUGCCAAUAAAAAUACAGAUUCAACUGCCAGGAGCUUAUUAGUUUCGCUUAUACAGUUUGACAGCUAAGCCUAGGCACCAAACACAAAGCUUGUCUCAAUUAUAAAGUGCUUCAGAAUCAGCCACAAAACCUCUUAUUGUUAAAUGAUACCCUCGUUUUCGAUAUCUUGGUGAAAUAAUUGUUUUGUUUUCUUGAAACAGACUGCAAUCCUUCCUGCCUAGAUUGUUUUUUUUCUUAAAUGCUAAAUGUAUGUACAUCUUUUGAAUAUUUGUAAAGACGUGUAUCAUUUUGGAUAAUUUAUUGUAAUAUAAUCUUAAUACAUGCAUUAAUUUAAGAAUUGUCAUCUUGAUUGAUGCCUAUUUAAGAAAGAAAACGAGAGAUAGUUUUUCAGUG